UUCACUGGCGAAGCUACAGAGCAGGAAAACCACACUGCUGCUGCUGGCGACUUCAAGUCAUGGCUGCGGAGAUUCACUCGAGGCCUCAGACCGCUAGACCCGUUCUUCUGAACAAAAUAGAGGGACACUCUGACGCUGUCAACGCCGCGGUUUUAAUCCCCAAAGAAGACGGAGUGAUCACUGUCGGCGAGGACAGAACCAUCCGGGUAUGGCUGAAGAGAGACAGUGGUCAGUACUGGCCAAGCAUCUUCCACACGGUCUCCUCUCCAUGCUCUUGCAUGUCGUACCACCAUGACAGCAGACGCAUCUUCAUAGGCCAGGAUAAUGGAGCUGUUGUGGAGUUUCUCAUCUCUGAAGAUUUCAACAAGAUGAACCACGUGAAAACAUAUCCAGCUCACCAGAACCGCGUGUCAGACAUGGUCUUCUCCCUGGAGAGCGAGUGGGUGGUGAGUACUGGCCACGACAAGAGUGUGAGCUGGAUGUGCACUGUGAGUGGGAGCAUGCUGGGGAGACACUACUUCACUGCCUGGGCCUCCUGCCUACAAUAUGAUCACGAGACGCAGCACGCCUUCAUCGGGGAUUACUCGGGACAGAUCACGCUGCUGAAGCUGGAGAAGCAGACGUAUUCCACCAUCACAACGCUGAAGGGUCAUGAAGGAAGUAUAGGAGCUUUGUGGUGGGACCCUGUCCAGAGGCUGCUCUUCUCAGGAGCCUCCGACCACAGCGUCAUCAUGUGGGACAUCGGCGGCCGCAAAGGACGGACGCUAUUGCUGCAGGGACACCAUGAACGCGUUCAGGCUCUGCGUUACCUCCAGCUGACGAGGCAGCUGGUGUCGUGCUCCGCCGACGGAGGCAUGGCGGUGUGGAACAUGGACACACAGAGAGAGGAGGCGCCUCAGUGGUUGGACAGCGACUCGUGUCAGAAGUGUGAGCAGCCUUUCUUCUGGAACAUCAAACAGAUGUGGGACACGAAGACUCUGGGCCUCAGACAGCACCACUGCAGGAAGUGUGGCAAAGCUGUGUGUGGGAAGUGCAGCUCCAAGCGCUCCACCUUUCCCCUCAUGGGCUUCGAGUUCCCCGUGCGGGUGUGUGACCUCUGCAUCGACACCAUCAAAGAAGAAGAUCGAGCACCGUUGGCGUCGUUCCACGAGGGGAAACAUAACAUCACCCACAUGGACAUGGACCCGUCCAGAGGCCUGAUGGUCACGUGUGGAAGUGACCGCAUUGUUAAGAUUUGGGAUAUGACGCAGGUGGUUGGUUGCAGCUUAGCAACAGGCUUCUCUCCUCGCUGAUUGGCCCAGCCCACUUCCUGCUCCCCGCGUCCCUCCCCCUGUGCUGCGGCCGCUUCUUCCAGUUUCACGGAAACCUCUUUGUAAAGUCUGUCCACAUCACGCCCGGGAGCGUCAGCUGCAGCCAGGCCUGCUCUGGAUGAGUGUGUGUGUGCGUGCGUGCGUGCGUGCGUGCGUGCGUGCGUGCGUGCGUGCGUGUGUGUGUGUGUGUGUGUGUGUGUAUGCGUGCGUGUGUGUGCGUGCAUGUGUCCUACAUUUAUUUUGCCUCUCAUUUAGAAAAAAAAAAUCCAUUCAUUUCACACUCAGUCCAACAUGAAAGUGUGCGACUGAUUUUUGACUUUUUGUACUGAUGUGAAACAGAACCCUAAGCACAAUGCAGACUGUGUGUGUGUGUGUGUGUCUCCUGCAGGACGAAUGGUGUGGAUAACUGAUGUUUGUGUUUACAAGUUUUUGUUGUUGUUUUUUUUUCUCUCAUCCUUCCACCGUCAUCAGCUGUCAUCAGCUGUCAUCAGCUGUCACGGCCUGAGUUUCCUGUGAAACAACACUACCUUCUCUUCCUCUAACUGCAUAACUACUCAGUCACUGUAACAUGUACAAAAAGCCUGACUCUGAUGUAUAUAGCUCUGCAUCGUGUGUACAGUCCAUGGACUUUCUGUCUUUUUCUCCCCUCAGUUCUUUGGUUCACCAGCUGGCCUUAAAUCUCUCUCAGGAGGUUUUACAUCAGUGGGUUGUCAUUGGCCGUGUGUGUGUGUGUGUGGGG